GUAUACCAGCCGGUUACCUAAAUUAAUGCAUUAACUUGUUGAACGCGCUAGUGACUGCACAACUUAAGUGUUGAGAAUACAGUUUUUUUUUUAAUUAAAUAUUAACAGUACAGCUACGAAAUAUGCCGGUUGUCGAGUGAUGGUGACAGUGUUAGUUUUUUUUUUCAAGUUUUGAAAUCCUGAACGAACUUUUUGCAAUGGCAAAAUCAGCGAUACUCCUGCGCCAAUCUUUACUGCCCAGUCGCCGUCACAUCACCUCUUCUUCUCCCCGAAGAUCUUCCACAUCUCCGCAGCGGAUGAAGCCGGCGGGCGCACCGGCAGUGGCUGUAUCUCUGAAACCAUUCUCUGAGAUACCUGGGCCUAUCGCACUACCUAUGCUGAGACACUCUGCUCAUGUACUACCCAGGAUAGGUAAUUUCCACCACACUGUCGGGUUGGGUCUUCUGGAAGGUCUUCGCGACCGUUACGGAGACCUGGUACGACUGGCGAAAGCGUCCAGGACCAGGCCUGUGUUGUACGUGUUCGACCCUGAGAUGAUGCGCGAGGUGUAUGACAGUGGAGUGACGGAGCCUCCAAAGUGGGAGCGCUCUCCCCUCAACCAACACAGGAAGCUGAAUGCGUCGGCAUGUCCUUUUCACGGGGAUGAAAGUAAGGCCGUAUGGGUGGCCAUCAGAGCCCUGCUGCAGGACAGCACUCUGCUGCAGCAUUACAACCAGGUGUUUGACGACAUCGCCGCAGACGCCACCAGGAGGUUAGGGGAGCUCCGACAUGCCGAGAAUGCUUUGAACGAAGAGUUAGAGACUGAAGUGUACCGAUGGGCGCUGGAAACCAUUGGAGCGAUGGUUUUCAGCAUCAGACUGGGCUGCUUGGACGGAGCUGCGUAUGUGCCCACAAAUAAGAACAGUUCACCAGAAAAGACUUCGCUAGAGGACGACGAUAUGCCUGAACUCUGUUCGCUCUCGAAGCGUAAGUUAGAAGAGCUGAACAAAGCAGAGCACCUGAUCAGGUGUACCAUUGAGAUAGCUGAGAGCAACUACCUGGUCCGAAGCGAAGGUACCUUGAGGACGGAAUCGCAAGUCUUCAACCACGCUUUGAAAGCCAUCGACAACCAUUAUAGCUUAACCGAACACUUUCUGGGCGAAGCAAUGUCUGCCUUGAAUUCAGGAGUACCGAGGCCCGAACAAGCGUUGAUCGACCGUCUCCGACCCUUGAAUGGAAGGAUACUGCCUCUGGCCUCAGAUAUGCUGCUGGCUGGAACUGAACCUCUCGCCCAAACAGCUCUGAGCAUAUUCUACCAUCUGUCCCUACACCCGGCUCAGCAACAAAGAGCUCACGACCAAGUGUUGUGGGCUGCAGAGACCAAACUAGCAGGCCUUGGUGUACCGGAGCUACCAUACCUAUCUGCCUGCGUCAAAGAAGGACUGAGGGUUCAUCCGGCCACUGGUGGAGUAGUCAGGAGAAACAAGGAGGACAUAGAACUCGGAGGAUUCGAGAUUCCUGCUGGAGUAGAUAUAGUUCUGGCGCAUUGCCUCACAAGCAAAUCUGAGAAACAGUGGGGCAGAGCGGAAGCCUUCAUCCCGGAUAGGUGGUGCCAAGAAGGCUGGGAGCCUCUGAAGGCGUCAAAGGCCCAUCCAUUAGCAUCUUUCCCCUUCGGCGAGUCCUGUCCCGCGACUGGCAUCGUCGGCAAAAUGCUAGAGUCCCUUGUUACCAGAGUUCUUGACAAAUAUAGGCUAGAAUGGCAUGGGCCACCGCCUAAAAUAACCACAUCUGCCGUCAACAAACUGCAGAGACCUUAUUAUUUUGUACUGCAAAAUGCCGCCUAAUAAAUAGAUCUAUUUACAUUAACCUACUAAAUUAUAAACGAAAAAUAAACUUUGAUUAGUCACUCUAUGUUUUGGCUCUGUUCAUUUAAUUACAAAUGGCGUCUACAGACCCGUCUUUCCCAGUGGGCACUUUGGGCAAGUGCCUAGGGCCCCGUGAGCGAUAGGUCACAAAUAUAAAGUCCCUAGUUCUUGUUAGAUCACCAAACGGGGGUCAUAGGGGCCCCAUUAUCCUAAUAUGCCCAGGGCCUCCAAUAGGUCAAAGACGGCACUGGGCGUCUUGAGUGAUAUGAACAAAACAGAGCGUAACUAAUCUUAUUAUUAGCUUAUUGCUCGUUUAUUAAUAUGGGGGAUAAAGUUUCAUUAGUAUUAGUAAACGUUGUUGCAUCGUAUUUUAUUAGAAUAACUAUAGUGAUGCAGUCAAUUAAGUAACCUGUUAUUAAUAUCGAAUAAGUAUCUUUUCCACGAAUGAUUAUUAUACCUAAUGUAGUUAUUAUUCUUGGAUACUUUCUAGUAUUCGUUAGUGACACAGAUUUGUAAUGUUAUUUGUGAUGUAAUUGAAGAAUAUCUAGUCUUUUCAUUCACAGUAAAAAAACAUUUUUUAAGUGAAUUUUUUACUACUUCGCUACAAAUGUUUCGAUCAUAUUUAGCAUUUCGCAUUACAUUUAUAAUUGUUAUUGAUAGUUCAGACCUUAUCAACAACCAUCGGUGGUUCGAAUCCCAGCCGAGGAAGGACUAUUUUCUAUUAAUGAUUUAAUUUAAAAGUCUCACUUGUUGGUUGUAGUUGGUUUUAUAAAACCACACAUUUUUUACUGUGGGUAUGUAUGGUCAAAAGCUCAUAAAAUUAUACUUAAGUAAUUAAAAAGAAAUUCAAAAUACUUUACUAAAAAAAUCAAGAGUUUUUGUAAAAUCUGGGUUUUUGACUGUACAAACAUUAAUGAUUUGAAAUUUAUUAAAAUAUAAU